AGAGGAAUGUCGACUGAAAGGCUGACCCGGUAGCUGGACGUUUUUAGAAACAAAUAACUUUAUAUUUCUUUUUUUUUCUUUUCUUUCUACGUAAAAACUAAAAAUCAUCCAAAAAUGGAAAUGCAGCAAUAUCCACCGCAACAAAUACCACCAAAACCAUAUUAUGGGCAACCACAAGAAGCAACGCAGCAAUAUGUAUAUGUCCAACCUCAACCACAUCAGCAACAGGGAUGUUGUAGUGGAUAUUCUGAACAUUAUAACAUCAAAGCAGGUCGUGCUACCGGCAUCGUCCAGCUUCUCCUCGGCUUCACCAUCACCUUCGUCAACGUCCUUUCCUUCGUUUACGGUCAUACGGGAUAUCCCAACCAAGGAUCACCCAUCGGUAUCGCCAUCCUCUUCGUUAUCCCCUCUGGAAUCAUCGGCAUCACGACCCAAUCCCGACGCUCCUGCCUGAUCAUCGCCUAUCUCGUGAUGUCCAUCUUCGCCAACAUCAUCGGUUUCAUCGGCGUAGUCAACGAGGGUUUAGUCGCCGGCUUGUUCUCCUACAAGUUGGUCUGCUUCAGUUACUUCUGCUACUGGGACUCUUUCGACGUCGCCGUCAUCCUCCACUCCGUCUGCGCUGCCCUUCUCUUCAUCGAGAGCGUCGUCGCUAUCGUUGCCUCGGUGUAUUGUUGCAGAGGGCUGGUAUGUUGUCGGGGAUGUUGCUGUCACAGCGGUGACGGGAACUCGACGACGACCCCCGCUGCGAUGAGCACAGCUGUAUACUACCAACACGCUGAUGGAACUGUAGUACCGACUGUAGUGAACACCCAACCGGCAAACCCCGUCUAGAUCAAAAAUUUAAAUCAACCACUCAAUUUCGGCAAAAUGGUCCCUUACAACCUCC